AUGACUGACAGGCGACGAAUUAAUGGGCCUGCGGGUGUCAGCACCCCCCCAAUAUUCGCGCUUUCCCCUCGCGCUGUGAAAUCGCUCACAGAUCGAGUGAGGAAGCCAAAUGAACUGCGCAAGAUCUUCCUUCAAACCGGCAUAGUCCCAAGUGCUGGUGGCUCAGCAUAUCUCGAACUCGAAAACAACAAUGGAUCAAAGCAGACCAUUCUACCCACAGCCUCCACCAUAAAAUUGUCAUGUUCCGUGCAUGGACCAAAGCCCUUACCAAGAACGGCCUCCUUUUCACCAAAUCUACAAUUGACUGCAUCAGUCAAGUUUGCUCCUUUUGCAACUCGUACCCGUCAAGGAUACAUUCGAGAUUCUACAGAAAAAGACCUUGGAAUGCAUUUGGAGAAUGCUUUGAAGGGAACAAUCAUACCAGACAGAUGGCCGAAGAGCGCGAUUGAUAUUGCAGUGACCAUCCUUGAAGCAGAAGACAAUCUGAACCAUGGUGACCGCGUUGCAGGAGUUGGAUUGUUCAAUGUGAUAGCAGGAUGUAUCAACGUGGCCAUGGCUGCCAUUGCCGAUGCCAAAAUCGAUUGUCUGGAUCUAUUGGCCGCUGGAGUGGGUGCAAUUGUCUCGGGCCCAGAUUCAAAGCCUCUGAGAGUUCUGGAUCCUUCUUCCGCUGAACAUCAAGAAAUUCUUGCCAGUUGCUUGGUGGGUUACCUUUCAUCGCGAGAUGAGAUUGUGGAGAUCUGGUCAACUGGUUCUGUGUCAAAACAAGACAUCGACGGAGGAAUUGGCUUUGAAGAGUUAGUGGACAGUGCUGUCGCUGCUUCUCGGGGAGCGCAAACAGUUCUGAAAGAGGUUUUGAUGGAGUCUCUUAUGAGAUAUCAGGUUGGAACAAAGGAAAUUACAGUUACACCCGAUGAAGCGAAUGAUGUUCAGAUGAAGACAUGA